AUGGAGCAGCUGAUGGCCAUUACUCAGGAGGAGGAUGAGCAGCUGCGCAGGAAGGAAGUGGCCUGUGAGUGUGGCUGUGGAAGUUCUGGGUGGGGACCCUUUACACCCCAGGCAUAGAACUGCUUCUCCUGGCUAUGUUGAUUUCUACAUAAAGAAUGUGGGGUAUUUUCCCACUCAAGGGCUGCAUUCUCUUUUGGGCAGCCAUCUGGGGGCCACAUGCCAGGGUGGGUGGGGCCAGAAGCUAAAGUGGGUGGGACUACAAAUGUAAAUUUUUCCAUUUGUACCAUAGCCUAUUUUUUACAUACACAUGCACAAACACACCUCCUCUCUGUCUUCCAUCAUGACAAACGAGGUAUUUUUAGAAUUCAGCCAGGCAAAAGCCCUUGAAGAGGGCCAGAGUAAGGCACUGUGUCUUGGAGAGGAUUCUGGGGACCAGACAGAGAAACCUGGGAUGCUACAUUUAGCCCCCUGGGGCCUGAGGUUCCCCACCCCUGGCUUAGUGCAUGGAAGAGAUUGUUGGGAUGUUUUCGAUCCAAUCUUAAGCCAGAACGUGGCCCGCAAAAUUCUGCACGAAUCCCCAAAAACUCUCCAGGGUUUUUCACCAUUGAGAUUUAUGCACUCUGUAUUUCUUCCCCCAUCAACAACAAAGGCACUGACAUUUUGGUUCCUCCUUCCCAAGAAGCAGAAACAAUGCUUCCCUACCUACCCCUAGUUCUGCUCUUUGAUCUCUCCUGUACACCCCCCCCCACCCUCCUGAGCUGCUUCCUGAUCUCUGGAAAAUUUUCGUGCUAUUCUAAUGUGCGGGAGGAGACAGUUUUUGAACAGGCUCUAAUAAGCUCAGGAGAAGACUCCAGGGCCCUGACGUCCUGCAUUUUCUUUCCUCCACAGCGGCCAUGCCGCAGAUGCUGGCCGAGACCUAUAAGAACAAGCUCCUGCAGGUGGCUUACGAGUCACGCCAGCAAGAUCUUGUCAACCAGACUUGUUCAAGGUACUCCCAGAGAGAGUGGGGCAUUUCUCUGCUUUGUGGGGAGGGGGCCAUAUUAUUAUUAUUAUUUAAAUCUAACCUUUCAUCCAAGAAGCAUAAUGUGCUUUCCUUCCACUUUUUAUCCUCACAACAAUCCUGUGAGGCGGGUUUGUCUGAGAGAGAGUGAGUGGCUUAGGCUCACCCAGCAAGCCUUGUGGCUGAGGGGUGAGUUGAUCCCGAUUCUUCUCCCACUUUCAGUCCACAACACUGUACUUGUAGAAAGGGAGGUGAUGCUGUUGUUUUUAUUUGUGUGUGUGUAUUGCUGUGAUUAACGAGAUAAAGGUUUUAUACAUGAGGUGAAAUGUUUCUGCUUUCACCUCGCUAGCUGCUCUGGCUGGAAAGGCGGAGCAACCAGUUGCUUAGACAUUUUGAUUCUGAGGGCCGCAGUCUGUUGGACUUGUCAAGAGCAGCAGUAGAAAUUAUGCCACAGGAUUAACAAAGAGCACACUGGCCACCACAUGCCCUCAGCCUGCAGAACAACACCAGCAUCACUUAGCUUCUGCAAGCGAAGCCCUUCUGAACGUUCAGUCUCAAAGCCACUUUGGAAAUGGCGGGCUUUCAUUUUUAGUGGAAUAGCUGGCAAAGGUGGAAGCUGAAUUUUUUUGCCACAUAAAUAGAACCUCUGUUUUGUUAAUCACAGCAACGUAUAGAUUAUGUGAGUGCAGGGGUGGGAAACCUCUGGCACAUGGGUCAGUCUUGCUCCCCACAUCCAGGGAGUCUAAUUUGGCCCAUGAUGCCAUUCCACUACCUGUUGAUCAGCUGACAUCACUUGUCAUUUAGAGCGAUUGGAAGUCUGACAAUAGAUGGUGACAUGGGGGUGUGCAUGGGGGUGGGGGGUCCCUCCAUCCCCAUGUACCAGAACCCAAGAACACCAUGCUCACACUGGCUCUGCUAGAGUAAGCCAGAAAGGUGGAGGGGGAGAGAGAGAGAGAGAGAGAGAGAGUGCGCUUGGGAUAUUGGCUCUGUUCCCUAAACCCACUGGAGUUAGUUUGGUUCUGUUCUCUGACAGGCUUUGAUUUUUUCCAAAUGUACUGAUACUAUUGGCUCCUGUCCUGACAGCCUCUAAAGGUCUUCCAAAGUGCCUCUCACCCUCAGUUUGCCUCUGUCUCCCAAGAGGCAGUGGUGGUAACCCUUGGAAUGUUUUCUCUUGUAGCCUAGCCAAGAUGGACCAGAAGUUCCAGCAAAUCCUAGCUUGGCAGGAGUUGGACCAGAAGAAAGCCAUCAGCCAGAUCCUACAGGAGGUAUUUUGCUGGAUAUGGGUGCAAAAAGGGCACCUCUGUAUACAGGAUGGGAGAGGGUGA